AUGUUUUUUUUUGUUUGUUUUUUUCGCCUUCCUAAUUUUCCGUUUUCGCCUCUGUUCAUUACAUAUCUAUCUAUUUAUUUAUUUCUGUCUGUUCAUUAUCUAUCUAUCUAUCUAUUUCAGACUGUUAAUUAUCUAUCUAUCUACCUAAGUCUGUUCUUUAUUUAUCUAUCUCAGUUUGUUCCUUUAUCUAUCUAUCUAUCUAUCUAUCUAUUUAUUUAUUUCAGUCUGUUCCUUAUCUAUCUAUAUAUCUAUCUAUUUCAGUCUGUUCCUUAUCUAUCUAUCUACCUAUCUAUCUACUUUAGUCUGUUCUUUAUCUAUCUAGCUAGCUAUCUAGCUAGCUAUUUCAGUCUCUUCCUUAUCUAUCUAUCUAUCUAUCUAUUUCAGUCUGUUUCUUAUCUCUCUGUCAAUCCAUCUAUAUCAGCUGGUUCAUUAUGUAUCUAUCUAUCCCAGUCUGUUUAUUUUCUUUUGAACUAUCUAUUUCAAUCUGUUCAUUAUCUAUCUAUCUAUCUAUCUAUCUAUUUUAGUCUGUUCAUUAAUUCUCUCUCUCUCUCUCUCUCUCUCUCUCUCUCUCUCUCUCUCUCUCUCUACCUAUCUAUCUAUACAUCUAUCUCUUUUUCCAUUUUGCCAUAA